AUGACGUUUUGCGAAGGCUGCACCAAGGUUUCGGAGUUGGCCCAUCAGUGGGCAGGCCCUGUGGCGUCAUGUCAGUCAUUGUGGAGGAGUCUUGGCGUUUCCCCGAUCGAGAAGGUAUUGGAGAAGCGCAUGGGUACUGGUUUAGGUAGCAUCAAUCUAGAGUUACUGACAACGGGUGAGCCCCCGGAAGACUUGCGGCAGGAGCGGGACGUGUUUGUGGAUCCACGCAAGUGCGAACAAAUCUACCGAGGGAACUACAUCGAUUUGGAUGACGCAAAACAAAUUAUUAGUGGCGGCCUCGACGAAGUAGUAGGGACAGAAGUUAGUGGGUAUGCAUUACGGCAUGAACUAAUGAUUCUGCCGAGAUCUAUAUCCAAGGCGAGCACAGGAGCGUCGUACAACUUGGUCGUUUCCUUAUUCGGACAGGAUGAAAUUAAUGAGCAAACACGUUCGAUAACAGCGAAUCUUGACCCAAGCUUACAGAAAUGCUCCGCCAAUGAACAUCUAGACAUCGACCUGGCUGCCAGCGCCCUCCUUGUGAUUUAUUCCAACGACUUCCCCGGCGAGUUGACGCAAACUGGACUCACGGUUAAACUCGAUCGCCUUAAAACAUCCUCGCUACGAAAGAUCGCAGACACACUCCUAGGCGGCACCGGCUCAGCACCACCCGUCACUGUCUGCUACCGCCUCACCUGCUCGUCCACCUUCGGCGAACAGCCGUACACCUAUCUCGACCGCCUACCACGGCUGGCAACCAUCAAAGCCACCAAGAGCCUCGCACGUAAAUUCGAACACAACAUCCGCACUGAUUCGGAUGACCUCCGUGUCGAGAGAAUCCUCACGGACCGUAAGGAAACCGAGUGGCAGAUGAAACAACUACGAAACCAUUUCGGGAGGGGACAGAUAGCCGAGCCUGUAGCAUCAAAUGAGAAGGAUAAGAAGAAAGACCGAACGGAAAGGGCACAAAUCCUCUCCCCCAAGCACCUCAAGGAAGUGGAGUGGCAGAUGAGCCAACUCCAAAACCCUUUCGGAAGAGGACAGAUACCCGAGCCCGUAAUAUUGGAUGAGAAGGCCAAGAAGAAAGACCGAACGAAGAAGACACAAACCUUUUCCCCCGAGCACCUUAAGGAAGUGGAGUGGCAGAUGAGCCAACUCCGAAACCCUUUCGGAAGAGGACAGAUACCCGAGCCUGUAAUGUUGGAUGAGAAGACACGGGAUAAGAAGAAAGACCCACACCAUAGCGAACACCCCCAGUUCAAAAAAGCACACGCAGAGUAG